AAAGGAACGAAGUUCACUUAACUGGUCUUAUAUCAAAAAUCAAUGCCAACUUUUUAAAUGAUCUAAAAUAUUAUUCUCACCAUUCACACUACUCGAUUCUCUGGGUCGGGCACGUUUUUGAUUUGUGUUUCAGCGAUUUCAACAUGGCCAUAUACAAUUACGAGGGGUACAUAGAUUAUGAUGAUAUUGAGUCAGAUAAAGACCUCCCCAUUGACCCGGCAUGGGAGUUACAACAAAAGAAGACUUUUACCGCAUGGUGCAAUGCUCACUUAAGGAAUGUUAAUGAACAAAUCGACGUCAUAGAAAAUGACUUUCGCGACGGAUUAAAAUUGAUGAAGUUACUUGAAGUAAUCUCAUCCGAACGACUACCGAAGCCUGAUAGAGGAAAGAUGAGGUUUCAUAAAAUCGCUAAUGUGAACAAAGCUCUCGAUUUCAUUGAGAGCAAAGGCGUCAAACUGGUAUCUAUUGGUGCUGAAGAAAUUGUCGAUGGGAAUGUGAAAAUGACUCUUGGAAUGAUAUGGACAAUCAUUCUUCGCUUUGCUAUUCAGGAUAUCCAAAUAGAAGAUUCAUCUGCAAAGGAGGGAUUGUUGCUUUGGUGUCAAAGGCAAACCGCACCGUACAAAAAUGUGCGUGUAGAAAAUUUCCACACUAGUUUUAAAGACGGACUAGCGUUUUGUGCCAUAAUACAUAGGAAUCGACCGCAGCUAAUCAAUUACUCUCAACUCAAUCCGGAUGAACCCUUCGAAAACUUAAAUCUUGCUUUUGAUGUGGCCGAGAAACACCUUGAUAUUCCGAGAAUGCUCGAUCCAGGAGAUUUGGUAAACAGCAGAAAAUGUGAUGAGCGUUCAGUGAUGGCCUACUUGUCUUCAUAUUAUCAUCUGUUCUCGGGAUCUCAUAAAACAAAUAUUGCAGCUACUCGUAUUGCUAAUAAUCUUCGGAUGAUUCGGGAAAAUCAAAAUUUAAAAGAAUGCUACGAAACAAUUUCCAACAAACUUUUGAGCUGGAUAAAAAUGAAGUUGGAAGAAUUUGCACAACGCAGUCCCCAAAAGUCCGUUUCCGACGUUGAGGGACUGCAGCAGAAGUUUAGAUUAUAUUGCCGCCAAGAAAAGCCAUCUAAACUACAGGAAAAAGCUCGCCUAGAGACAACGUACAACACACUCCAGACUCGUCUGCGAUUAAACAAUAAAUCCCCCUAUGUACCCGCCACUGGGAGCUUAAUAAUGGAUGUCGCUAAGAAUUGGAGUUCCUUAGAACAGGCUGAUAAAAUCUAUGAGGAAUGGUUACUAGAAGAAUUACAAAGGCUAGAGCGUCUUGAAUAUCUUGCUAAGAAAUUCGAAGUGAAAUGCUCCACCCAUGAGGCUUGGACUAGUGGGAGACCAGAAGCGCUUGCGUCAAAUGACUUCCGCUCGGCCACGCUAUCGGAAAUGCGGGCAUUUCAGAAGAAACAUGAAGCUUUCCAAUCGGAUAUGACUGCUCAUCAUGCUCGCAUUGAGCACAUUCAGGCACUAACCGAAGAACUGAAUAAACUGAAUCAUUUUAACAUAAAUGCCUUCAAUCAACGUUACAACGCCAUUGUAGCUACAUGGGAUGAAAUGAAACGGUUGUCCUCUCAAAGAGAACGAGAAAUAUCUAAAGCUCUGACAGCUCUAGAAGAAAUUGAUCGGCUUCACCUCGAUUUCGCAAAACGAGCUGCCCCAUUUAACAAUUGGAUGGAACAAACAGAAGAGGAUUUACGAGAUACGUUCAUUGUUCAUACAAUGCCUGAAGUUGAGAGAUUAAUUGCAGCUCAUCAAGCAUUUGAAAAUACUCUAGAUGAAGCUGAGAAUGAAAGUCGUCAACUGCAAUUAUGUGCACAAAAAGUUGAAGAAAUGGCCAAUGAAUAUAAACUAGUGAAUGCAACUCAAAAUCCUUAUACACAUAUUGAACCUAAUGAGCUUCCACAACGUUGGAAUAUGAUUCGGGAAUUAACGCAAAAAAGAAGUGCAUUAUUACAUAAUGAACGUGAACGUCAACUGGCAAAUGAGAAAUUACGACGCGAAUUUGCAAAGAAAGCUGAAGCAUUCAAUUCAUCUAUUGAAACGCAUCGUGCAGAAAUCGUUAAAGCUAGCAUGGAAUCACAUAGCUCAUUAGAAGAUCAACGAAAUUAUUUACAGAAAUUGGAAGAAGAAUUAAAUAAACAUCAAAAUAAGUUAAAUGAAUUAGAACACGUUAAUCAGGAACUGGAAGAUGCAUACAUAUUUGAAAAUCCAUAUACUGUUUACUCAAUGCCAACCUUACGUGUUGCUUGGGAACAACUAUUCACUUUAUUACAUUAUUCUGUCAAUGAAAUAGACAACCAGAUAUUGACAAGAGAUUCCAGAGGAUUAACAGCUGAACAAAUGAAUGAUUUGCGUACUUGCUUCAAACAUUUUGAUAAGAAUAACACAGGACAUUUAGAACCAAAUGAAUUUAAGGCUUGUCUUGUUUCAUUGGGUUAUAAUUUUAGAGAUGAUAUAAAAAAUUCAUUGUCAAAUUUGACAUCUGGUUCUCGUGGCUCUGUAUGCGCGGAAACGGACUUCUCACGUAUUAUUAGUGAAGUGGAUCCCGGUCAUACAGGUCGUAUAUCAUUCGAUGCAUUCUUAAACUUUAUGACAAAAGAUGAUGUUGAUGAGGCAACUGAAGAACAACUUAUUCAAUCAUUUAAAACAAUGGGAGGCGAUAAGGGCUACAUCACUGCUCAAGAUAUCAAAGAACGUCUUUCUACCGAUGAUGCUGAAUAUUGUUUACAGAAUAUGUCUGUAUUAAAUGGACCAAUGGGAGAUUCUGGUGCAUUAGACUAUGAACGUUUUGCCUAUAGUAUAUGUGGUCGUAAACCAACAUGAAGAUGAUAUAAUUGUGUUUAAAAGUUUUAUAUUCCCUUGUCAGUUGGUUAAUUUGUUUUUCAUCAUUCCAUUUUGUAUUCAUUUGAUACACAGUGUUUUAAAUUUAUACCUUGUAUCAUUCAUUCCUUUAUACUGACUAAAAUGACAACUUGCUUCUUUAAAUUAAAAAAAAAAAGUAAUUUUUAUGGAACAAUAAUACAGUAUUAUUGUUAUUCAACUUUUUUCAUUGUCUAUCUUAAUGUAAUUAAAUUUUUCCCUAGAGACCUAUUCUCUUGUAUGUAUCAAACAUAUACGAAUAUAAUUCAACAACUGAAGUGUCUCCUACAUCAACUACGUACAGUUAUUUAAGUUGGUACAUUCAUUCGCUUCUUAUCUCAGUUUUAGCACAUUUAGAUUCGGUCUUUUUUUUUUCGGCACUCAUCUUUGUUUUUUACAUCGGGAUGUUUUUCAUCUUAAUCCAUCUCAACUUAUUAUUAUUCACUCUAUGGUUUCAUUAUUUGUCUAACUCUCAGAAUUAUCUACUUUAGAAAUUGGUUGACAUAGUGUCAAAGUCAGUUGUUGUUGGAUUCUCUAAUUCAUAAGAAGAGUUUAUACUAUUUAACAGUAUUAUAAUUUAUUUCUAACAUAAUAAGUUCAUCUAGUUAGAAAGAAAUCUAUGUGUAAUCUGUCAAUCACAAUUUAUAAAAAAAUUUCAAUUUUUUUUUUGUGGAUAAAAUGCACACUUCAGUGUUUGCAUUUUAUGUUUGCAUAUUAUUCAUCUCAAAUAUUUUCUUUCUAUUAUUAACCUUUUUAAUUUUUGUCGGUUUCCACUCUAUUUUCUUUCCUUUCUUCAAUAUACCUCAUUUAGUGUUGUUGGAAUGUAGGCUACUAUUCCAAAUAAAUUACACUGAUUUUUAUAAUUCUCAAAUCACGUUAUGUUAACGAAGAAGAUAUUGUUAUAUUGUACUCUCCUCUUAUUAUAUCUAUAACUCUUCGUUACUCCUUUUUGCUAUCGAUGUUUUUCCUUUAGCCGCAUGUUUUUUUUUCAUAUUUGAUCAUUGUUAUAUCGAUUUUCGUAAUAAAAUAGCAUUAAUUUUAAUAUAUAUUCUUUUUUUAAAAACAAAUACUUCUCAUUUGUUACAUACACUGUUUUAAUAAAGCGGUUUUUCAUUGAUAUGUGAAUAA